UUGUUUAUCUUCAAAAGCCUUGCGGUGUCUUCAGCAUUGGGAGCUCUCAAAUAUUCCGGAUCAAACGCUUGUACAUUUCCAACUGCGAAGUGCUUGACACACAUGAUGGCUUGACUCUCACCCAUGGACAAAUGAUCAUCAACUAGGUCCGUCGGAAUACCGUAUGCUAACAUACUCAAAGCGGCUGUCACCAUUUGAAAGGUGAUAUGUCCGAGUUUUCCGGCGGCAUUCCUCCUUUACUGAAAAAACCGAUCAUGACUCGUCAGUUUCUCCGCAAUGUGUUUGAACAACUCGAUGCUCAUCCUAAAACAAUGCCGAAAGUAGGACUCGUGAUAUAUGAGAUCCUUCACAAAAUAGUACCUCAUCAAUCUAUUGUGGGCAUUGAUCAUGUCCCUCCAUAAUUUUUGACGACUGAUAACCGAACCACCAUGAUUCGGAGAUUCUCUACGAGUCGAAGUCAAACGAAACACCGACGCCGACCGACCUCAGGUAAACUCAUCGAAAACUUCACCUCGUGCUCAGCCACUGCAGUACUGCUAGCCAGUCAGCUCAUCAAGAAAAUAUACGACGCAUCUUGUGCUCGUCAGACAAUCGCCCUGUCGUCGCAGCUCGCAUUCCUGCUGCGCGGUUUCCGGUGGCUUCGCUGCAGAUCCCCAAGAAGCCUCAGAAGAAAUUGUUCCUCGCGGGCUGCUAUCUAUGAUGGAUCCCGACGCCAAGGAGGGCGGGCCACUACAAGAAGCUGGCCGCAACGGCAGCGCCGAAUGCGGCGUCGCCUCCCCCUUCCGUUGGCUGCGGCGGCUCUCCCGCGAGCUGCACUGGAGCUUUGUGCUCGCCGUCUUCGCCGUCUACGGGGCCUGCCAGGGCGUGGGCAGCGCCAUCGGGGUGGUCGCCGCCUCGUACUACAGCAAGGACGUGCUGCGCCUGCAGCCGUCCGCGGCGCAGCUCUACCAGGGCAUCGUGGACUCGCCGUGGGUCGUCAAGCCCAUCUGGGGCCUGCUCGCCGACGUCGUGCCCGUCGCCGGGUACCGCCGCCGCCCCUACUUCCUUCUCGCUGGCGUGAUUGGCGCAACAUCUAUGCUUAUGGUUUCCGUGCAAAGCAAUCUGGGGCUCAUACCGGCGGUCCUAGCCUUGACGGCGCAGAGCGCAGGCGCGGCGAUAGCCGACGUGACGCUGGACGCCCUGGUUGCGCAGAACAGCAUAACACACCCGUCACUCGCCGCCGACAUGCAAAGCCUGUGUGGGUUUUGCUCCUCAUUUGGGUCAUUGAUCGGGUUCUCCAUGAGCGGCCUUCUUGUCCACUCCAUGGGCGCCCAGGUGGCUAUUGGCUUGUUGAGCAUCCCCUCGGCACUGGUGUUCUCAGCUGGGAUUCUCCUGAAGGAGAGCAGAGUGACAGACUUCGAUUACAAGCAGGUUCAUAAGAAGUUCUACAAAGCAAUUCAGUCAAUGGGGACAACACUCAAGUGCCCUGAAGUCUGGCGGCCGUGUUUGUACAUAUUUGUUUCCCUCAAUCUAAGCCUGAACAUCCAAGGAGGAAUGUUCUACUGGUACACAGAUCAACUAACUGGACCAGGGUUUUCUGAGGAAUUUAUCGGUGUGAUCUAUGCGGUCGGUGCAGUGGGUUCACUACUCGGGGUUGUCCUAUACCAAAGUGCUCUAAAGGACUAUGAUUUCCGCAGCAUGCUUUUAUGGGGUCAGGUGCUGUCAAGCCUGACAGGGAUGCUUGAUCUAGCGCUGGUGACCCGACUAAACACGAAGGUCGGCAUGCCGGACUACGUUUUCGCGGUGAUCGACUGCGGCGUUUCGUGGAUGCCGGUUCUAGUACUUUGCUCCAAGCUUUGUCCUCCGGGCAUCGAAGGAACCUUCUAUGCGCUGCUCAUGUCUAUACAAAAUGUGGGGGCGCUUAUGUCUGCGUGGUGGGGUGGCCUACUGCUGCACACGCUGAAUGUGACUCGAUCGGAGUUCAGUAACCUUUGGGCAGUUGUGUUGAUCAGAAACGUCUCAAGGCUGCUUCCGCUGACGCUACUGUUUCUUGUUCCUCAAAGCGACCAGAACUCGACGCUCCUUCCUGCGGAGAUGCUCCACGAUGACGAGUCUACAGAAGCUGUCAAGGAUGGAUCGGGCAGUGCCCAGUUUUCCGUCCUUGUUACAGAUGAUUCAAGUUGUCAUCCUUGCAUUGAGGAUGUUCAAGAUGAGAGAAUCAAAGUGACUGAUGAUGUAGAGCUGAUCCCACUGAUGAACAAGAACAGAACAGUUGGGUGA